AUGACGACUUUCCUACAUGGAGAGUGUGACAUCCAACUUUAUUACAGGCAAAAAUUCGGAGCCGCCGCUGAUGCAGCUCCAACUGUCUCGGUAGGCGUCGGCAACUCCCUGUCAGCUACACAAGCGCUAAAUGCAGUUGUAUCAAUGGCAGCGGAUGGAUUAGCCGAAACUACGAGCAUGAAAAGACUUGAGAAGCUUGUAAAAAGGAAUUUUUAA